GGAGAAAGACGCCAUUAAAACGAAACGAAACGAAGUUAGCGCGCAUGUGUGUGUUGCAUGGUGUGGCUGACUUUUCGGACGAAAAAUGGCGACUCGUCUGCUAAGAAUUAACUCCGCUCUGCGGAAAUACGCGGACAAGAAUGGAUUUUUCCAGAUUUCUAAGCAGUGGAGAUCAACUGCCGCAGCAUCAUCUCUCAAGGAGGCACUUAUUAAUCAACCACCAACCAAAACCACAACAUUAGAUAAUGGUAUGAGAAUUGCCACCGAAGACAGUGGUGCAGCAACAGCCACUGUUGGUCUUUGGAUUGAUGCUGGUAGUCGAUAUGAAACUGAUGAAAACAAUGGAGUUGCUCACUUCAUGGAGCACAUGGCUUUCAAAGGUACAGCAAAGAGAUCACAAACUGAUCUUGAGCUGGAAAUUGAAAACAUGGGUGCUCACUUGAAUGCUUACACCAGUCGAGAGCAAACUGUCUUCUAUGCCAAAUGUUUAGCUCAAGAUGUUCCUAAGGCUGUUGAAAUUCUUAGUGAUAUAAUCCAAAAUUCAAAAUUAGGGGAAAAUGAAAUUGAAAGAGAACGUGGGGUGAUUUUGAGAGAAAUGCAAGAAGUAGAAACAAAUUUACAAGAGGUUGUAUUUGAUCAUUUGCACUCUGUUGCUUACCAAGGAACUCCUUUAGGAAGAACCAUUCUUGGACCUACUGAAAACAUCAAAUCCAUUAAUAGGAAUGAUCUUGUCAACUAUGUCAAGAAUAACUAUGGCCCACCAAGGUUUGUUCUUGCUGGAGCUGGCGGUGUAGAUCACCAACAGCUCGUUCAGCUAGCUGAACAACACUUUGGUCAAAUGAAAGGACCCAUAUACGACAAAAUUCCCGAUCUUGAUCUUCCCUGCCGUUACACAGGGUCCGAAAUCCGUGUUCGUGAUGACUCGAUGCCUCUUGCACACGUGGCAAUCGCUGUUGAAGGUGCCGGUUGGAAAGAAGCCGAUAACAUUCCCUUAAUGGUUGCAAAUACCUUGAUGGGUGCUUGGGAUCGUAGUCAGGGUGGCGGUUCCAACACCGCAACAAAUUUGGCGAGAAUCGCUGCAUCUGGUGAAUUAUGCCACAGUUUCCAGAGCUUCAACACAUGUUACAAGGAUACUGGUUUGUGGGGAGUUUACUUUAUCUGCGAGCCCAUGCAAAUCGAAGACAUGGUAUGGAACAUUCAACAAGAAUGGAUGAAGAUUUGCACAAACCUUCGUGAAAAAGAUGUAGAUAGGGCAAAGAAUAUUCUUAAGACAAACAUGCUUCUGCAGUUGGAUGGAACUACCGCUGUAUGUGAAGAUAUCGGCAGGCAAAUGCUUUGCUACAACCGUAGAAUUCCUCUUCAUGAACUCGAGGCCAGAAUAGAAAGUAUCACAGCUAAAACUGUACAGGAUGCUGGCAUGAAAUACAUCUACGAUCGCUGCCCAGUCAUAGCUGCAGUUGGUCCGGUUGAAAAUUUGACUGACUACAACAUGAUCCGUGGUGCUAUGUACUGGAUUAGAUAUUAAAUUCCUUUCGCCUACAACCAGUCGAACUAUUAUUAUUUUAUAGAUAAUAUGAUUUGCGACCUUGAUUAAUUAAAGUACGUGUAAGAUAUGUUGACAUCCUUGAAAGUACUGCUACGAUGAUAUGCAUGUACAAUAUCAGUAUGGAAAUAAAAAAAAUAAUUUCAUUUUUUUCACUGUUAUUAUUCUUGUAAAUAAAUUGAAUUACAUUAAAUGAGAUUUCAAGUUCACCACAAUG